AUGGUGCCCUCACACUCGAGAAAGCCGGAAGUCUUCGUCCUACCCGAUGGCACCCUUUAUCAUCUGGGUGUGAAACCUGGCCAAAUACAUCCAAGAAUUUUGACUGUUGGGGACAGAGAAAGAGCGCGGUUGCUAGCCAAUGCUUUUUUAGAAGAUGCGAAGGAACACGAACACAGCCGAAACUUCCUCACAUUUUCCGGAACCUACAAGGGAACUCCGGUUUCCAUCGUGUCUAUCGGAAUGGGAACGCCCAAUAUGGAUUUUCUGGUUAGGGAGGUUUCGUUCCUGUUUCAAGACGAAGGUCUCGCCUUCAUCCGCUUGGGUACUUGUGGCAGCUUCAAACUCGACCGCCCCGUUGGCAGUCUCUUCAUCUCCGACAAGAUGUACUACUGCUACAGGAACUAUUUACACUUCGACGGCAAUCCGUUCGCACAUCAAGGCGUCCAGCAACCGCACUGUCCGUACAUCAUUGCGGGGCCAGUUGAGGGCGACAAGGAACUGACAGAAAAACUGGAGGCAAAUAUUGCAAAGCUGGAGCUCUCUAGCGUCACGGGCUCGGGUAUUUCUGCUGAGACUUUCUAUGGCUGCCAGGGCCGUUUUCUCCCUGGUUUUCACGACGAUAAUGAUAAAUUAUUCAAAGAAUUUUCAAAGCUUGAGAUUCAAUCCUGCGAAAUGGAAUCGCAUCAGCUGUUCCAUCUCUGCAAAGAGCGCGCGAAGGGGAAUUCCAAAGUAGUAACAAGGGCGGCGUCUAUUUGUGUGGCUGUCGCCCACCGUGUGGCUCCAGAUAUGCCUUCGCGUCCUGACACACUUAGUAGCGUAAGCGUUUCGCGUGCUCCCGACCCUCUGCUAUGCUUUUUCCUGCCCAUAUGUGUAAACAAGUGUAUGUUUCCUGAAGAUUUAUGUCGAAGUGCAUAUGGUAGACUCGUGCCAGUAUAG